UGGAGCAGUUGUUGCAGGAGUCGCCCACCAAGGGCAAGGGCAAAGGAACCCAGGGCGGCGGCAGCCCGGCGAGUGUCAGUUCAGUUGGAGCUACUAAUGCAGAACUACCCUUGGCUGACCCCAGGAUGUACCAGUUGGACAUCACAUUAAAAAGAGGUCAUAAUUUAGCAGCUCGUGAUCGAAGAGGGACAAGUGAUCCAUAUGUCAAAUUUAAAACAGGUGGAAAAGAAGUCUUUAGAAGCAAAACAAUCCAUAAGAAUCUUAACCCAGUGUGGGAGGAAAGAACUUCCAUCUUUGUUGAGAACUUAAGGGAACAACUAUAUAUAAAGGUCUUUGAUUAUGAUUUUGGCCUCCAAGAUGAUUUCAUGGGAUCAGCAUUUUUGGACCUCAAUUCACUAGAACAAAACAGGCCAAUUAAUGUUACAUUGACUCUGAAGGAUCCACAUUGCCCUGACGAUGAUCUUGGAACUAUACUAUUGUCUGUGUUGCUGACACCAAAAGAACAACCAAGGGAAGCGACAAUGCUAAUGAGGAAGAGUUGGAAAAGAUCAAGUAAGUUUCAGACCCAGAGUUUACGUCUGUCAGACCUACACAGAAAAUCUCAGCUAUGGAGAGGGAUAGUCAGUGUCACUUUGAUUGAGGGCCGUGAACUGAAGGCCAUGGAUCCGAAUGGACUCAGUGAUCCCUAUGUGAAAUUCCGACUGGGACAUCAGAAGUACAAGAGUAAGAUUGUGCCAAAAACUUUGAAUCCUCAGUGGAGGGAACAGUUUGACUUCCAUCUGUACGAGGAACGCGGUGGAAUUAUUGAUAUUACUGUAUGGGACAAAGACGCUGGCAAAAAGGAUGAUUUUAUUGGCAGGUGCCAGGUUGACCUGUCGACCCUGAGUAAAGAACAAACUCAUAAAUUGGAGCUGCCUCUAGAGGAAGGGGAAGGCUUUUUGGUACUGUUGGUCACCUUGACUGCCUCAGCUACAGUCAGCAUCUCUGACCUCUCAGUCAAUGCCUUGGAGGACCAGAAGGAACAGGAAGAAAUACUAAGGAAAUAUAGCCUAGUGAGGAUGUUUCAUAAUGUGAAGGAUGUGGGAUUUCUCCAGGUGAAGGUCAUCAGAGCAGAAGGUUUGAUGGCUGCUGAUGUAACAGGCAAGAAUGACCCAUUUUGUGUAGUUGAGUUGAACAACGAUAGAUUGUUGACACAUACCGUAUACAAGAACCUUAACCCAGAAUGGAAUAAAAUCUUCACAUUUAAUAUUAAAGAUAUCCACACAGUUCUUGAAGUGACAGUUUAUGACGAAGAUCGAGAUAGGAGCGCUGACUUCCUGGGCAAAGUGGCCAUUCCAUUGUUGUCUAUUCAAAAUGGUGAACAGAAAGCCUACGUCUUGAAAAACAAGCAGCUGACAGGGCCAACAAAGGGGGUCAUCUAUCUUGAAAUAGAUGUGAUUUUUAAUGCUGUGAAAGCUAGUUUGCGAACGUUAACACCCAAAGAACAGAAGUACAUUGAAGAAGAAAACAGAAUUUCUAAACAGCUUUUACUAAGGAACUUUCUUCGCAUGAAGCGUUGCGUCAUGGUUCUCAUAAAUGCUGCCUACUAUGUAAACAGUUGCUUUGACUGGGAUUCACCACCAAGGAGCCUUGCUGCCUUUUUGCUCUUUCUCUUUGUGACUUGGAAUUUUGAGCUGUACAUGAUUCCUCUGAGCUUGCUGUUGCUGUUGGUGUGGAAUUACUUUCUGAUCGUAUCAGGAAAGGAUAAUAGACAACAUGAUACUGUAGUGGAGGACAUGCUAGAGGACGAGGAAGAAGAGGAUGACAGAGAUGACAAGGACAGCGAAAAGAAAGGAUUUAUGAAUAAGCUCUAUGCCAUCCAGGAAGUGUGUGUCAGUGUCCAGAACAUCCUUGAUGAAGUGGCUUCCUUUGGAGAAAGGAUAAAGAAUACCUUCAAUUGGACUGUUCCAUUCUUAAGCUGGCUGGCCAUUGUUGCCCUCUCUGUGUUCACAGUCAUCCUGUAUUUCAUUCCACUGAGAUACAUUGUCCUUGUCUGGGGUAUCAAUAAAUUUACAAAGAAACUCCGAAGUCCAUAUGCAAUUGAUAACAAUGAAGUACUUGAUUUCCUUUCCAGAGUUCCUUCAGAUGUGCAAGUGGUGCAGUAUCAAGAACUGAAACAAGAUCCUACUCACAGUCCAAGUCGGAGGAAGAAAAACAACCCUGGCUAGCCAAUUUUAUGUGCUGUGGAAAUCAGCAUCUG